CAAAUAACAACAGUCUGGGAACUAAAAAUAAAACCGGGAACCGACGGCCCAAACAGAGCCCAAUAACCAAUGAAAUUACUUUGGUAAUUCAGCAAAACCCCACUGAAAACCUCCAUCUUUCUCCUUCUUUUUACCCCACUGGUUUUUCCGAUGGAUUUCCAGGUGGUGGUUCUAGCCGGCGGCACUUCGAAGAAUCUCGUUCCUCUCGUCUCCAAAGAGGUGCCCAAAGCACUGCUUCCGGUGGCGAGCCGUCCCGUUAUCUCUUACGUUUUGGAGCAUCUGGAGCAAAACAACCUCAAGGAUCUGAUUUUUGUGGUAGAGGGCAAAGAUGCGGCACUCCAUGUUGGUGGUUGGAUAUCUGGGGCUUAUGUUGAUCGUCUACAUGUUGAGGUUGCUGCAGUCCCUGAGGAUGUGGGAACUGCUGGUGCAAUUAGGGCCAUUGCACACCACCUGACUGCUGAAGACAUAUUGGUUGUAAGUGGUGAUCUUGUUUCUGAUGUUCCUCCUGGUGCAGUUGUGGCUUCUCAUAGACGUCAUGGUGCAGCGGUGACUGCAGUGUUUUGCUCUGCUCCUGUCAGUGGAGCUUUGGAGUCAGGAUCUGGUGGUGGAAAGGAUAAAAUCAAGAAACCUGGACGAUAUGACAUCAUUGGCCGAGACACUACUAAACAAUUUUUGUUAUGCAUUGCAACAGGUUAGAUAUCAAAGUUUUUUCUAUUUUUUGGCAUGUUAUAUGACCUGACAUUGCAACAUGCAA